ACAUGUCUUAUAUUCCUCCACACAAGCGAGACUUGAAGGAUCCCAUUAGACCUUCUCCUUUUCCAGAUUCUCUAGCAACAAAAUUCAAGAAAAAUAUCGACUUCAAGUGUAGCAGUGCUAAAAGCAAAGUUAUUAAAUAUUCAAGAGAUGUCAUUUCCAAAUGGUUUCUUGUUACUUCAAAUGGAAUAGAGGAUGGGGUUCCUCCAUCUACUAAGCUUGUGUCAGUGUCCUCAGAUUCUUCUGAAUGCAGCAGAUAUGGAGAAACGUCUUUGGUGCUGAAGAAAUCUAAUGUCCAAAAAGUACUAAUAUGUUUGUAUAUGAUAGCUGAGGAGAGUGAAGAAGAAGGGAGAACUCGGUGGAUGUUACUAGCUGAGAAGGUUGAAAAGGAUCUUGUCUUGGCAUAUGAGCAAGCCAGGAAGGGAAUGGAGGAUCAUCAUCUUUUAGAUAAUGCUAAAUUAAGAUUGGUUGCUAGGUUUGGCAAAGUCGUCUUUUGUAGGCGUCAAGCUGGUCAUGCGACUGAAUAUUCACAAGAAAACAUGAAUCUGAUAUUCUCUACGGAUGUCCCAACUUCUUUCAUACAAGACAUAAAGUCUAAGGCUAUUUCAGACCAUGAAUUCUGUUUAGACUUGGAAAAGGAAGUAUACGUUGUGCAGAUAUCGCAUUAUACUCGUCCUUAUUCAACCAUCAGAUGUAAAUGUACCGUGAAGGAAGAUGGAAGCCUCAGUAUGUACAAGGCCGAGCUGAAUCCACUAAGGCAUUUGGUUAUUGAUGUGUCAUGCAUUGAUAAGAAUCUUGACAUGAGGCUUAUGCUCGCCGGCAAAAGGAAAGCGAUGACUCUCACUGAGAAGGAGAAAAAUAACAUUCAAGGGUUACUGGACUCAGCGACUGUAGAUUCGAAUGUCAUAGGGGGAUUAAGGUGGCCGCUCGGUAAACCUUCAUCCGUAAAUGGAUAUACAAUAUUUGAAGUUUGUCAUGUUAGAGCGACUACAUACAAAAACCGGACCCUCAGGCUAAGGGUCAGAGAGGCUGAUAGAUUUAAUCAGAGGUUUGGAACAAGGGAAGUCGAAAGGGGGGUGACUCUGGUACUUCAAGACAUCAACACUAAGCUACAGGAGAAGAACAUUGAGAGAGGCUGUGUUUUAGGAAUGCUUAGAGAUGCCCUUGGAACUAUAUGGGACUUCUUGCAUUGCGAUCAUAACGUUUCAGAGAUGUUUUAUGGGGCUGUUAAGGAUUGA